CCUUCCAUGACCCUAUCUUCCUCCUGCUUUAGGUCUGUAGAGAGAGAGAGAGACUUGCACGAGAAUCCAUUUAAGUCCACUUUUGCCUUUCUUUUCUCAAUAAUGAUUAUACACUCUGUUCCAAUGAUGCUAUCGUCCUUCUCCGGAAGCUCCCUCUCAUGGCGGAGGAACGGUACACACGCACCUCCGCCUUCCUUCAAAGCUCUCCGCUUCCCCUUCUCUCUCAGUUUAGGGAUUGGUUACAGAACCACAACAAUCUCUCCUCUUUCUUGCUCAGCUGAAACCUCCUCUGAGCCUGCCCCUCUUCUCAAUGCUUGGUCGGAGUUCGCUCAAAACGUGUCUGGAGAAUGGGACGGUUUCGGAGCAGAUUUCUCGCGCGAAGGGCAACCGCUGGAACUACCUGAGUCAGUGGUUCCAGAAGCAUAUAGAGAAUGGGAAGUGAAGGUGUUCGAUUGGCAGACGCAGUGUCCCACUCUCGCCCAACCCCACUCACACACUCUUCUUUACAAGUCCAUCAAACUCCUCCCCACCGUUGGAUGCGAAGCUGAUGCCGCCACCCGUUACAGCAUCGACCACAGGACCACCACCACCUCCUUAUCCUUUUCUUAUUCCGUCUCUGGCUCCUACGUCGCUGUGUGGCCUCUGGGAGACAACAACCAUCUCGAGGUGGAGCACUGCCUGAUCAACCCAAACGACAAGGAGUCCCGUGUCAGGAUUCUCCAGGUUGUCCGCUUAGCAGAAGAGACCAAAACGUUGUUGGUGUUGCAGAGUGUCAAAGUCUUCCGUGAGCUUUGGGAUGGUCCCUUCAGGCAUGGCGAUCAGCUCGGAGGUUGUGCCAUACGCAGCUCCGGGUUUGCUUCUACGCCUACCACGUCAGCUUCACUGGUAGUCGGCUCUUGGAGAGCUGCACUUGCUACCGCUAGUUUUCACGCCUCUGAUUCCGGUUGCAUUGAACAAGUUACUGGUGAAAAGGUGGUUGAGAUUGUGAGAGAAGAAAAGGAUCUUUUACUGCUUCCGCAGGACCUGUGGUGCUCACUCCAAGAAAGCAAAGAUGGCGAGAGAUUACUACUGUCUGUAGGAUGGUUGUUUGAGCCAGGCCAUGCUAUCACAUCUACCUGUAUCUUCUCCAGCGAUUCUAAGCUACAGGAGGUAACAAUGGGAAAAGAGACUGCCCUCAAAGAAUUAUAAUCAGCUUCAGUAAUCCUCUUAUUAUUUACUCUAUAGGAUGUGUCAAUAUAUAAGUCAAAUAACAAUAAUCUCAUGACUCUCCCUGUAUAAUUUUGGUUCAAUAUCUGUUUAUACAUAUUAGUACACGCA